UUUCCUUGUAGACAAGCGGUGGUGCCAUCAAGUAGGGGGCAAUUACCCCCUGUUCAUUCCGCGCCCGUGAACGAUGUAACCAUCCGCACGACGACCGGUGGAUGGCAGAGGAUGGUGACAGUGACCCAAAAAGUACAAAACAGAAAGGGGAGCCCUUCAACACAAUGGCUAUCCAACCGCUCUCGACGUCAUCACCUUCACCAUCGUCACUAUGGUCACCUUCUCUUCCCUCGUCGUCGCGCUCUCCAGCGUGGCGGGAGCUCUUGCCUUCCCCGCAAACAUCUCCAGCGAGCUCUUCGCUCGUGCCGGAACCCCCAGCAGCACUGGUACCAACAACGGGUACUACUACUCUUGGUGGACCGACGGCGGCGCGGACGUCACCUACACCAACGAGGCCGGCGGCCAAUACAGUGUGAAAUGGUCCACCGGCGGUAACUUCGUCGGUGGUAAGGGAUGGAACCCUGGUAGUCGCAGGACCAUCACCUACUCGGGCACCUACAACCCCAACGGCAACAGCUACCUGGCCGUCUACGGGUGGACCACCAACCCGCUGAUUGAGUACUACAUCGUCGAGUCGUACGGCACCUACAACCCGUCGACUGGCGCCACCCUGCUGGGCUCCGUCACCAGCGACGGCGGCACCUACAAGAUCUACCGGACCCAGCGCGUCAACCAGCCGUCCAUCCAGGGCACCGCGACCUUCUACCAGUACUGGUCCGUCCGCGACACCAAGCGCGUCGGCGGCACCGUCACCACCGGCAACCACUUCGACGCCUGGGGCAAGUCCGGCCUGACCCUGGGCACGCACAACUACCAGAUCGUCGCCACUGAGGGCUACUUCAGCAGCGGCUCCGCCACCAUCAACGUCGGCGGCUCGACCAGCGGCGGCGGCGGCACCACCAAUCCUCCCACCAACGGCGGCGGCGGGGGCGGCACCACCAAUCCUCCCACUAACGGCGGUGGGAACGGCGGCAGCUGCUCUGCAAAAUGGGGCCAGUGUGCCGGUGAUGGCUGGACCGGCCCGAAGUGCUGCGAGUCCGGGUCUAGCUGCAAGUUCUCCAACCAGUGGUACUCCCAGUGCCUGUAAACUCUUGCCCACCGCGGGUGAGCUCUGUCGGGGAAUGUCUCUUUCCAGACGGGAGAGUCAUGACCGGGGGCAUUGCUAGGGCCAUCUCAGGAGGGGAUAACUUGGGAGGUUGUGGAACCUAGGUGUGGGGAGGGGGGCAACUUCAAAGCCGUUCACUUCGGGCGCCGCUGGGACAGUCGAAU